AAACAGCACCAACAAUGACAUCCUCAAUCUCGUCAUUCAACAUUGCGAAUACAAUCAGACCUUUCAUACGUAUAGUUCUAAUAGUAAAACCCAUGCGUCAACCACAUCAAGUUCGUGAAGUCUACAAGUCUGAAUUAUGUGUAUUAUAUCCAUUUCCAUUAUACGAUGCUCUUCAACAUGCUACCUUUAACACUUCAUUAUACGCCUAUUCUCGUCGUUCAAUGCAAAUUCUGCAAGCGAGUCGUAUCUACUUUACCGGCGAGUUGGUGAGACUUCUGCAACAAUCAGAUACUUUUUCACAGGUAAACGAACAAAAUCUUGAUGAUUUUUUUUUUGAUCCUGAAGAGUAUAAAAGCAUGCCAGAGGAUGCAAGAAAAGUACAGCAUGCUUUGGAUAUCAUUCGUGACGAAAUUCAUAGUUUGAGACAACAAUGGAAUUCUGCUUCUUGGUCAAUGACUGCCAUUGAAUGGGAUCGUCAAAGAACUAUGCUAUCUUAUAAUUUUGGUGGAAGAUCAAUGACCCUAAACAUCUCAAAAACAAAUGGUCGUGCAUCUUCAAUCUGUCAUUUUAACAAUAACCAUAGCAAUAAUAGUGAUGGUCAUUCUAAAAGGUUGUCUUCCACCUUAAAACCAACAACGCAAACACAAUUUGAUACAAUGUCACAAAUUGAAUUUCUUAAAGAUGUUGUACAUCAUGCUCCUGAUAGAGCAUGGAAUAAUAUUUUCAUGUUAGGUGUUACAUCACCAAAUCUAAGUUCUUCUAAUGAUAUAUCUAAUAACGCCACAUCUUAUUUGUCCUCAAUAGCAUUAACUAAUCAACCUUUAACAACAAGAAGAUCUCCUAAUGCUGGUGCUAACAAUGAACCGAUCGAGAAGAAUAAGAAGAAAUCAUUAACCAGAAAAUCAAAUUCUAGAAAACACAAUAGCAGAGCACCAUCUUUUGAAGAAAAUGAUGAAAUACCUAAUUUGAAUUCUAUUACUGACCAAAAUGAAUCAAAUGUAGAUUCUAAUGAUGUGACAGCAAUCAAAAAACAAAACAAUAAUGUUGAUGAUGAUAGUUAUGAUUCAAUUCAUUACCAAUCAGAAUCUCAAUCAGAUCAGAUUUCUCGCAAAGAUGACAAUAACGAAUUUAUUAUUGACAAUGCUACAUUCAAGGAGGAAGAAAUACUUUUAGCAAAUACUAUUGAGGAUAAUGAUAAGGAUAAUAGCUAUGAGGGCGAUGAGAAUGAUAAUGGUAAUAGUAUAUUAGAACUUAAUGAUGCAAUAGAUCAUGAUACGACCUAUAACUUGAGUUCAGAAUUAUCAAUGGAAAAGGGAAGUGAAAUGAAUGUUGAAAAGGAUUUGGAAGUUGCUUUAGAAACAAAUUCCAAUGAAUAUGAAGAAAUUUAUAUCUUUAAUAAUAAUGGUACCAUAAACGAUGAAACUUUAAAAGCAGCGCUUGAAUAUGAUUUUGAUUCGGAUUUAACUUUAAAAUCAUCUUCAUCUUCACUUAUUUAUCCACCAAAAAGUUCAGCGACUAUUUCCAGUCAUUUAUUUUUAUCAGCGUCAACAUCAGAGUCAACAUCUGCUUCAACAACUACAACAACAUCUGCCACCGAUACACCAUUAUCAUCAAGAGAAUCAUCAUCACCAUCAACUCCACUUCCACGUCAACCUCCAUCAACCCCAAUCAAUGGAUUCGAUAAUUACACAAUUACACAUUCGUCAAUCUUACGAUCUGCUCCACCAACACCAUCCACGCCAUAUUUCCCUGCGGUCACAUCACUCUCAUUGGAAAAAAGCUCAAAUUUCAACACGACCAUGCCAUCCAUACCAUCAACCCCAUCAACGCCACAAUUUGCAUCAUCAUUACAAAAUACUAGACCUUCUACACCUGUGUCGGCACAUUUGUCCACAUUAUUUGAUGAAUUGAAUCAAAUAUCUUCCUCACAACAAUUGACAUUCGCCAAAUCACCUCCAAGAACUUUAUAUGAUGAAUUAUCACAACAUAACGCCACCUCUAUCAUCACACAAUCUAAAUCAACUUAUACAUCCAACUCUGCUCCAAUAUCACGCGUCAACACACCACCACCACCAUCUCCUACAAAAUCAUCAAGCAUAAUUCCACCCUUACCACCAAACUCCAAUACAAGUUCAUUGCCAACAAUCCAGAAACCACCACCACUUCCACUUCCUCCAGAGUGGCCUGUCCUUAAGAAAACUAAGCGACAAGAACUUAAAAAGGAAGAAGGUGAUGGUAAUGAUAGUAUUCAGGAAAAACUCGCAUUCCAUCGACAUACUAAAUCGAGAACAAAUGCUAAUGAAGGAGAUAGUACUGAAGUGAAAAAAAAUCAAUUUUCGCAAGGAGUGGCUGAUGAAAACAAGGUUAAUAAAGACAAGGUUAAUAAAGACAGGUUUAGUAAAGACAGGUUUAAUAAAGACAGGCUUAAGAACAAUAUUAACAAAGAUAGUAGAGAUGUGUCAUCAUCAUCAAUACCGUUAGCCAUUAAUGAAGGCUCAAUUAACAAUAAUAGUAGUAGUGGCUCAUCAAAUACUACCAAUUCAUCUCCUAGCACAAGUAAUUAUGAAUCAGUAAUAAAAGGUCGUAAUAGGAAAAGAUCAUUUGCAGAAAAAUCAGGAUUGAGGCCUCUCAAGAUUACAUAUGCCGUUACUGCACAUUCAAGAAAAGACGAUAAUAAUAAAAUACCUAAAAAAUCAGAAAUAAGAGAUUCAAAUGAUUAUUAUUAG